UAUCAGCAAAACUUUUAAUUGAAUAAUAACCUAAAUAAUGAAGAAAUUCUGUAAUGCCCAAUUUUAUUUUUUAGAGAAAAUCCAAUUAAUCAUCCUAUUUCAAGAGAUAUAAUUCCCUAAUAGCUAUAAAUUGACUAAAGCUCCCCUAUAAAUGAUACGCAAAGCAUAUUAUUAUAGGAAAGUACAAGGAAUGAUAUUUUAGGCUAAUAAUGGACGUCCUACAAAUGAAUUUGCAUCUGAACGAGUUAAUCCUAUUUUAAAAGACGAACUAUUUUCCAAAUCACCCAAUGGCCAAAACCCUCUUUCUUAAGACUCACAAAGUAUAUAAAUGAUAGAAUCAAGAUCAAAAGUCUUUUUUUUAGAUGAUAAUGGCUAAAUUUUCAAUGAAUUCUUAAGCAUAAACACUAGUUCUUCAUGA